GGAGCCUGCCCAAGCACCAGUCAACAGGCUAGAACUCGCCAGACCACAGUCAUGAAGGUGUUCAUCGCCGCCGCUCUCCUGGCCGUUGCCGCCGCCGCUCCCGCCAACAGCUACGCCCCGAAGCCGGCGUACUCUAAUGGCCCGAGCUACCACCAGUCGUCCUACAAGGAGCCGGACCACUACCACACACCCUAUCAGUUCGAGUACGCCGUCAACGACCACUAUUCGGGUAGCGUCUUCUCUCAGAGCGAGAACAGCGACGCCAAGAAUGUCAACGGCUACUACUCGGUCAACCUGCCCGACGGCCGUACCCAGCACGUCAAGUACGUCGCUGACCACGACGGCUACGGAGGUUACAACGCCGAGGUGACCUACAGUGGUGAGCCCCAUUACGGCAAGCCCGCCGGCUCUUAUGCUCCGGCUCCGGCCUACAAGUCUGCUCGCUCUUAUGCUCCUGCUCCGGCCUACAAGCCGAGGUACUAGAUGUGCCUCUUUGACUCAGUUUACAGUUUCUUACAGUUAACAGUUCCUUCUGUAUUCAAGCCGAUGUCGUGGUUCCCCUGUCCUCCAAACAGCAAUAUUUAUUUAUGAGAGGAGAGUGCAGAAUAUAUAACACCCGGACUGGUUGCAUGAUUUUGCACCAAAAUCACCGCCGCAACAGCUGUUGCAGCGUGAACCUCCAACGUGGUCAGGGCUCGGGGGCACGCGCUGAACCAUGCCUCCCUGCCCACACCCUGCGAGCGCGACGUCACAGUCACGGCUGCCCUCGGUUCGGUGGUCGAGUUCCCGGCUCUCAGCCCAGUGGACGUCGGCAUGGGACCCACACCACUCCGGUCCUGACACGGCAACGACAUUGGACCAGCUGACACACUCAGCGUGGUUUAAAUGCACCCAUUAACCAUGAAGAGACUCUUCAAUAUGAAAAAGGUCUCGUUGGGCGUUUAGUACAGUUUGAAAUGCAAUAUAUUUAGCGCAUGAUGGCACAUUAGGCACAAGCGCGCGCAUCCAGGUCAUAUUGGCACAACAGGCAUUUAGUAGUUCCCAUUGUACGCGUUUGAAAUAAACUUAGCCUCACCGUAUGCACUCCCAUAGGUACUGCAUAUGAUACGCGGUUUCCGUUUGGCUAUCGAUUUGGACAAGCAUGAAGGAACAGGUAAAAUGGAAGCGCAGCCGCACUACGUACAGGGCGAAAGAGGGGAGGGAGGAGAAAAACGAAUGACACAGGGACGAGAAGUAUGUGAUGUGAGUCCGUGGGAGCAACAGAGUGUGGUGCUCAUCAGCCAGUACCGGUGUGGCUCUCAACAUACCGUAUCUUUGAUGGCAUAAUAAGAAAACAGUACUGUCAAGAACGGAACGGCUGAUAAACAAUAAUUUCGCGAACGUAUCGUCAUUCGUCACUAUCAACAUGAUCAGUUUUGUUUCAGUUUGAUAUUGGUGCUGCCUUUAAUACUACAUAUGAUUCACGCGUCUGCCUUGGGCCUUCACCUUUGUCGCUGAUAGCAAAUGGAAAAGAUGAAAACGGCAUUGUUGACUGGGGUAUUGAAUAAGUUGAAGGGGAGAUUCCUCCUUUUCGCACUUUCCACUUGCGGUGCGUCCGAUUUGAUCGAAAUACCAGUUUUCUUGAAACCCUUCUGAAAAGUUCAGAAUUUCGAUCUGAAGUGGCCGUUCCGGCGGGAGAAAUCUCUUGGACCCCCUGCUUAUCAUUUUGAAAG